GUAAAUAUAUAUAUAAAAAAAAAAAAGACAAGGAUGUAGUCGCAGUGAAGGAAGACUUUUUGGUAGAGGUCAUCGUCACCCGACCCGGCGCUGAAAUAUUGUUUUGGGGGGUGAAUUAAACGAACGUACUCCCAGCCCAGCCAUUGCUGUAUAUAUAUAUAUACUUCGUAUAUCUUUCCCGUCUACGUUACUUCCCUGUGUUGAGCAAGAUCGAUCGUCGUCGGAAAAUCAAUUAAUUAAUUAAAUGAAGAUAGACGUGAAGCAGUCGAGUAUGGUGAGGCCGGCGGAGGAGACUCCGCGCCGGAGCCUGUGGAACUCCAACGUCGACCUGGUGGUCCCCAACUUCCACACGCCGAGCGUGUACUUUUACCGGCGCCCGAUCGGCUCGGCGCCUGACUUCUUCGACUCCGGGGUCCUCCGGGAUGCGCUCAGCCGAGCCCUGGUGCCGUUCUACCCCAUGGCCGGCCGCCUCAAGAGGGACCAAGACGGCCGCAUCGAGAUCAACUGCAACGCCGCCGGUGUUCUGCUGGUGGAGGCGGAAUCUGACGGCUUUGUCCACGAUUUCGGUGACUUCGCUCCCACGUUGGAGCUCCGGCAACUCAUCCCGGCGGUGGAUUACUCUCAGGGCAUUACCUCCUAUCCUUUACUACUUUUGCAGAAAAGAAAGGUGGCGGUAAGUGACCUUCCCAAAAAUAAAAUGCCAAAAUUCAUCUCGAUCCCAACGACAUUCGCAACCAGAAGGGUAACCAGGAGCAGCGAUUCCAAUCUGAAAUUCAGAGCACCGAGGCAAGUGAUGGAUCCGGAACCGGGAUGAUAUAUAGCUGUUGGACGGCUGCCGCCAUGGUCUCCAUCUCUCCCCUGUUGGCCGACGAAUUGAAGCGGCAGGUGCGAGUGUGAGAUGCGACAGAUCGAAGCCUCCAUCUUUUCUCUGGCAGACGGGAGGCUCUUUCCAGCAGCGGUCCCUACGCCAAAGGUGACAGAGUUCAAAUGCGGAGGAGUGUCCUUAGGUGUGGGAAUGCAACACCAUGUGGCAGACGGAGCUUCAGGCCUACACUUCAUCAAUACCUGGUCAGACAUGGCUCGCGGCCUUGACCCCACCCUACCACCUUUCAUCGACAGGACGCUGCUCCAAGCGCGGGACCCACCUCAACCGCAGUUCCACCAUGUUGAGUACCAACCGCCUCCCAGCCUGAACAACGACAGCGCCGCAUUGCAGCAGCCUGCAGGUGAGCAGGCAGCCGUGUCCAUAUUCAGACUAUCCAAAGACCAAAUAUGUGCUCUCAAAGCUGGCAAAUCAAAGGAAGGCACCGUGUAUAGCUCUUACGAAAUGUUGUCGGGCCAUGUUUGGCGUUGCGCUUGCAAGGCACGAGGGCUGAAUGAGGAUCAAGAAACGAAACUGUACAUAGCCACUGACGGGAGGUCGAGGCUGAGACCACCUCUCCCACCAGGCUAUUUUGGUAACGUGAUAUUCACGGCCACUCCCAUUGCACUCUCCGGAGAUCUCCAGGCGAAGCCCGCAUGGUUUGCCGCUAGCAAAAUCCAUGACGCGCUGAGCAGGAUGGACGACAGCUACUUGAGAUCGGCGCUUGACUACUUGGAAGCUCAGCCUGACCUCAAGGCCCUUGUGCGUGGGGCUCACACAUUUAGGUGCCCCAACCUCGGGAUCACGAGCUGGGCCAGGCUGCCCAUCCACGAAGCCGAUUUUGGGUGGGGAAGGCCGGUUUUUAUGGGACCUGGUGGCAUCGCUUACGAAGGGCUGAGCUUCAUACUCCCAAGUCCCACUAACGAUGGUAGCUUAUCUGUGGCUAUUUCCUUACAGUCUCAUCAUAUGAAGCUUUUCAAAGAUUUUCUGUACGAUAUCUGAGGAGGACAUUAUAAGAUCGAUGUUCUUGCAACUCGCAUGUCCCAAGGCCCCCUUGAACAUUAUUUGGAUAACACAUAUACGUGUUUGCAUAUAAUUAUUAUGGACGAAAGGCCUCACCAGCUUACUGAGGUCUGAAGGUUUAAAUCGAUCAGUUUAGUGACUUUACCAUCACACACUAUAAUCGAUGCGGUUGAUCUCACGUCUGUACCUAUUAAAUUACAUAUCAUGUCGUGAAAACGUGCUUUAAUUGGUAGCAUAGAACUGAAAACGCGCACGCUUUGGACCACUACAUUAUGUCUAAAAUUACCAGCACGGUCUUUGUGCAUUGAAACUGGAAAGACCAUUUUGUGAGAAAUUUUGACAAUAUGGAUGGCGCGCUAAUUAAGAUUGGGGAGGAUCUUUUGUAUGGCAUACAAAAGAUCUAUGUAUGGCUUACAGUAGGAUCAAAACCAAGGUAAGUUUAAAAAAAUUCAUUUUUUUUGUGUAAUUUUUUUCAUUUUUCAUAGUCCACCCCGCAAAUAUUCAAGUCUAGUAUAAUAAGUUUUCAGUCCAUUCUAACCAUAUUCGAAUUACAUGUAUAUUGGUAGUUGGGUUAAGUUCUAACGGUUCGAUUUUGACUUAAAAUCAAAAGUCGAAUCAAAAUAAAAAGUUUUAUUCGCUUUUAUAUUUCUAAAUAUGAUACCACGGUUUGUUCAAUCCGGUUUCAUUUAAACAUGUGCUUCCCCUCAAGGCGGAGUUUGAAGGCCACGAACAUCUAGCUUGUUGUGCAUAAAUUGAGAACGAUCGG